UAGGUAGACACGGGGAAGACAUAAUAAUCAUGCAUAAUUCUUUUCUUUAUAAUUUGGAUUCUACUUGUUUGUCUGUACCUUACUACUUUAAGACAAGGAGUGGAGGAUAUUUGGCGGAGUUGGGGUUGUUUUAUUUUGAUGUCAUGAAGUAGGUGUCUACUGUAGGUCUAAAUUGGCUGCUCUGACAGGAGAUCUAUCUGAGCCUCUUCAUUAUAAAUUGGAAAAAAAGGAAAACCAGGAGAACGGACUAUUGGCUGCUGAAUCAGGAGCAGAAGCAACAGAAGCAGCAGUGUUUGGUCUGGUAAUUAGCAGCUGUCUUGUGAGGCAAUCCUUAAUUGGAUAGGGGGAAAUUUUCUUGUUGGGCAUGUUGAUUGGUAUGUUGAGUUCAAACUAUUGGGCUUUUAGUGUUAAGAUGUGCUUAAAUGGUACUUAGAACUUAUUGGAUUCUUGGAGUUUUGUUGCUGUAAGAGUUGGGUUACUGCUCUUGCCAUUAAUUAGGUCUAUCUGAUAAGUGGAAGUGAGGUUGUUUUGGGAUUUUCUCGUUGAUAGAGCGACUGAUUCCUCGUACAGUUAGGUUCCUUGUCUUUGAAGUAAGGUGGGCCAUUUGGCUUUUGUUGUUGGGAGGGUUUGGAUAAUUCCUCUUGCAAUUAAGUAUGUUUGCCUGGUUUGUAGAGGCGAGACAAAUAAGCUUUAUUGUGUAAAUGUUGGGCUAAUUCCUCUUGCAAUUAGGUGGGUUUCCUUGUAAGUAGUGUUUAGAGGGAACUUUAGUAGGCUUUUCAGAAUUUGAAAGGUUGGGUGGUUCAUCUUACAAUCAAGUAGAGUCUUCAGAUCAUCUAAAUCAUGUGUUGCUGCAAUCUCCCAAUUGGGUUUGAUCCCAAACUUGCCCUAAUAGUCUAUGACUACCAACUUAUUACUAACAGGAAGGUGAGGUUGUACACUUGAGUCUAUUGGGUAGCUUUUAGUGCUCCACGGGCUUGCCUGGUACCUAGAUUUGCUUUAUCAGGACGUGAGACUGUUGGGCUUUAAUGGGGUUAUGGGCUUGCCUGGUAAGCAGAGGCGAGAUGUUGGGCUUUUAUCAGUUGGUGGCCUUGUCUGGAAUGCAGAAGUGAGAUUACUGGGCUCUUAUCAUCCCAAGGGCUGGAUGUACUUAUAGAGGCGAGAUUGGUGGGCUCUUACCAUUCGGAGGGCUUGAUUGUAUGCAGAGAUGAUACUAUUGGACUUUUACGGUUUCUCCAGCUUGGCCGGCAGGCAGAGCUUUAACUUGGUAGGCUUGCCUGCUAUGUAGAACUGAAAUGAUUAGAAUUUUACUGUUUAAUGGGUUUGUCUGGUACAUAGAGGACUACAGGAAUUUUAACUGAGGCGAUUCCUGUUGCAAUUAGAUUGAGUAUCUGAAGCUGUAAUCUUUUCUUCACCCAAAGCACUUGUGGGUGCCAACCCUUGCCUCUCUGUUGUUAGCAGAGAUUUAGCAGCAGAGUUUGUUAACUGAUGCAAUUUCCUUGAUUGUCAGAACCAGCUUCUGUGUUUAACAGCCAAGCUUUAACUUGGGCAUCCUAUAAGCCAGGCUUCUAUUUGAGGCUUCGGCCUCAACAGCUCAAAACCCAAACCAAAUAAAAAGACAAAAGUUUUUGUUUCAGACUUAAAGCCUCAGUUGAGGAGUACAAAGGUUGCAUAAAUGAAGUGCGGAUCAAGGAUAUCUACUAAGGAGGUGAGGGUGAGGAAGAAGAGUUGUAGUUGCUUGAAUCCAUGGCAAAUACUGCGCUUUUGAGGCCUCCGUAGAUUAUAAACCUACAAUAUAUUUUGAUUUCUGGACACCAUGAGUACCUCCACAAAUUCAGCUGCAGUCUCAGAUUUACAGCACCACAGCAAUAAUAACAGCAACAGCAGCAGCAGCAACAACAAUAAUAAUUCUCUUGCUGUCAUUUGCAUAUCAGCGAUCAAGCAGGAGGAGGGUUCCAACCCUCGACCUUCGAUGGCUGCACAGCCCCUGUCCUCGAGGCCACCUGCAGUAAGUAUGAACCCUGGACCUUCUCCCUAUCACAGUCAAGAGAUGGAGAUGGAGAAGGAGAAGGAGAAGCACAAUAAGAAGGGGCGGUCCAAGAACUGGACCCGUCAAGAAACUCUGAAAUUAAUCCGUCACAGAACAGAAUUAGAACCCAGAUUCGCACGUACCGGACGUAAAUCUGAACUGUGGGACGAGAUUUCUGAGGCCCUGAAACGGGAAAAUAUUUGCCGUGAUGCUCAGCAGUGCAGAGACAAGUGGGAGAAAUUGAUGGCCAGCUACAAGGAGGUGCGCGAUGGGCUCCGUCAAAGGGAUGAUAAUCCAUUUUUCGAUGAAUUAGAUCCCCUGCUCUCUGUCAAGUCUGCUACAGCAAAACAGAAAGACAAAGAAGCACUUGCCCCUGUUAACAGCAGAAACUCAUCUGGCGACAAUAAUUUUCCAUCAGAUGAUGAAGAGACGGCAGAGGAGGGAUCACCGCCCACACCAAAGCGGAGAAAGGCAGCAGGGGGUUAUGUGAUGGCAGCCGAGGUGGAGGCAGUGACAGAGCUGCUGGAGAGCCUGGUAAGCCGCCAGCAGCAGUUUUUUGCAGAGCUGCUGGAUUCCAUGGACCGGAAGGAGCAAAUGCGCGAGCAAAUCCGCCAGGAAAAGGAGGAGAAGUGGAGGGCAGAAGAGAGGGCGCAGCGGUGCAUUUUUCAUAAUGCUAUGAUUGUGCUAACAAAAAAACUUAUGGAUGGCAGUGGGGGUCUUGAGCCAUUGGGGUUUGAAUUCGGGGCUGGUCUGAAAAACAGCCAACAGUUUGAUGGUGGCAGUGGCAAUGGUGGUAGCGGAGUAGGGGUAUCUAUUCCCGGUUCUGUUAUGAGACAUCACCACCAGGUUGAUGGUGGCAGGGCUGCUGCUGGUGGCGGUGGCAGGGCUGAUGGUGAUGGUGGUGGUGGAGGGGUGGUUACUGUAUGCAUGGUGCCAAAGAAGAGGUCAAAGAACUGGAAGAGAGUAGAGGUUUUGCAGCUAAUUAAAUUCAGGGCAGAGAUGGAAGCAAGGUUUGCAAAGUCCACCCGGCGAGCAGCGCUGUGGGAUGAGCUAGCAGAGCUUUUGGGGGCAGAAGGGAUUAAGAGGGAUGGCAAGCAGUGCAGAGAAAAGUGGGAUAAAUUAAUGGCAGAGUUCAAAGAUGUGAGCGAUGGUAAGAGGGACAGGAGCGAGAGCCCCUAUUUCACAGAGCUCACUUCAUUUGUUGGCCGCUCUGCUGAAGCAGGGUAAAAAGAAAUUGGAAAAAUGGGAAUUUUCAGAAAAGUUUCAAAUUUCUGAAGUCCAAAAUUGGGUGUCAGAAUUCAGAACUUUCGGAACUAUUAAAAUCUGAAAAUUAGGCUACAAUAAAUGAAAAAAUUGCAAGCGCCUCAUCAAUGACUCCAGUUUGGCUUUGUUAUGUGAAUUUAUUUUACAUAAGUGAUCCGAGUAUCAGAAUCUGUCAAUUUCCAGACCUGGGAAGCAUAAUUCAAAUAUUUUCAGAAUCGUGUUCAGAAUCUGAAAAGAUUGGGUAUGAAGGGGAUCAAGUUUGGGUUAUCUGGUCUAUCAAGCUGUCCACGGGUCUAUCUGAUUGUGACAUAUAGGUUAAUUUGGGAAAAUCUGCUGCUUCUCAAAUUUUCUUUUAUGGGGUGUAUAGCAAGGGCUUUCCUUAUCUUCUGUUUACAAUGAGAAGUUGGAAGUUAUCAUUUUAAGUCAGUUUAGCAGUUAUAGUUUAGAGCCUCAAUCUCUGCCUUCAAAGGGCAGUUUGUCUGUAUUAUAAUGAGAGGCCUAUUUACAACCUUUUUCAAAAUUGAUUUUAGCAAAUUUAGCCUUAAGCAAAAUAAUGGUUGUUGCUUGUCUUCAGUUUUGCAAUGUUUGGAUGUUUGAAAAAUUGAAUAUAUUAGUUUUUUCCUACACCGAAAACACCUCUAAA